UUUAUAAAAUACCGCCAAAAGCUCUGUUCUAUCACAAAACAGAAUUAACUACCAACUUCUUCUUCUUCUUCUUCUUCUUCUUCUCUAUUUCUCAAUAUUUUCUGAUUUCUCUUUUUCCUUAGGCUGCAAAGAUGUUGCAUAUAGCGUUCGAAUUGAUUGGAGAAGCAACUUCGAAUUCGCUUCUCAUGUUCUGUUUCUGCAACCUAAUUAUUGUCAUGAUCUUCACCGGAUCAUCAAAACCUGGUUCGAUGGGUUCACAAGAUUCCACGUUUGUUAACCCUGUCAGCUACGAUAUGUGCUACAUUGCUUCUGAUGAUCAUGAUCGUGUUGAUGAUCAUGAUGAUGGAGCUAUGAAUAUAGCUGCUGUUGUUCCAUCUGUACAAGAUGAGCCGUUGAUCGAUGACUCUAGUUCUGACGAAGAAGAGGAUAGAGAAAUCAGCCAUUGCUAUGCUGAUGAUGAUGAUGAUGAUUUUAGUGAUGAGGAUGAGGAUGAUAGUGAUAAUGAUGAUGAUGAUGAGAGCAAAGAGGCCGAGGAUGAAGAGGAGGAAGGAGAUGAUGAUCUGAGAACGAGGGUAGAAGAGUUUAUAGCAAAAAUUAACAAUGAAUGGAGGCACGAGAAGCUUAAGGCUUUGAAUUUAGUUUAUUGAUGGAUCAAUUUUAAUCGUUUUUAGUUUGAUUUUUUUUUAUUUAUCUAAUCGUUUGAAUGAUUUUUGUAUGAUCAUGUACAUACUUAGGAUCUGAAUGGUGACUGCGGUAGGGGAGACCAAAUCCGUCAGUGGUUUAGAUCGCCCCAAAAAUAGGGCGGUCAGCAGACUACUGCGGACCAACUUUGUUUGUACAUAAAAAUGGUCCGCAGUUGGUCUGCAGCGGUUUUCUUUUUAUUAUUUUUAGAUUGCACCCUUGCGGACUGUACUUCAUGAAUGGUGAAUAAAAAGCGGUCUUAUCCGCUGAUGGAUUUGUCCGUCUUGACCGUUGCAACCA